GCCAAAUUAGUCAAUCGCACCAUGGAGAGGUCAAUCGGUGAGGACUAAAAAUAUGUAGCUAAUGUUGCGGGGAGAAUUAUGAACACAACAAGCCCCAUAAUUGCCAUAGGAAGCUUCCAUCCAGAUAUGUAAGAUCCCCCACAUAAGUCAUACUCUCUUGUUGCACUUUAAUUGAGGUUGCCAUGCUGUUAUAAUAUUAUUGGCUUAAAAAACAUCAAUACAAUGAUAUACAUAAAAGAGAUCAUCAGGUACAAUAAUGAUACACAAAAAGCCUGAAAAUGAAUUCAAACACUCAUGUAACCUCGUCGGCCGACCACUCCACAAUUAGUGGGUUAGUUUUAGAUUAAUAAAAACUUUGGACUAUAAUCAUGAAAAUUAUAACUAACCCAAAAAGACCGUUACUUUAAAAAAUGAUUAUCAACCCCAAAAAAGACCCGCUAAUUUUCUUGGUCUCGGUUCUCCUACGUACGUUUUUGGACUUGGUUUUGUGUCUAUAUAGACAUGGCGCCGUUUACUUACAGAAGCUAGCCAGCUAGCUGGAGCCUUUUACAGAGUAAGAAAUCGAUGACUAGCCAUCAGAAAGUGAGGGAAGGCGAAAAUACAAUACAGCAAGAAGACACGAACCUUACCCAGGAAUAGGCUUUUUGACUAGAUAGUAAACAUAAAUCGUAUGCCAAAAAGGACUUACGUUUAAAUAUUACAACACAGUUUACUAUUCCAGACAAAAGGGAGAAAAAUACAAUAUAUAUACUAGCUAGUGCAUGUGUCUUCUAGAAAGUGAAUAAAAUAUCAAAAGUCGUAUCGCCGGUCGAUGUAACAUGAAGGCGACUGAUGACAGACCAUAUAAAAACAUGGAUACCAAAUCAUGUUUGGUAACUUCCUUAAUUUUUGGAUAUCUCACUCAUAUUACAAAGUUAGGUGUAGUUUAAAAGAGGUUAUAAUUCAUUUUCAAUCUUUGAUAUGAAGUUCAAAGAUAUGUAUGUGUAUGAAUUGAGGGUGAUAUUAGUGAGUAGGGGUGGUUAUACAGUCCGGUCCGGUUAAAUUGGACCAAAUUGAUCUGGUCUCAGUCCGGUCUUUUCGGGAAUAUAAGGAUCAAAGAUUGGAUUGGAUACAGUUCGAUCUUGAUCCGGUCCGGUCCCAAUUUGAUCUUGGAUUUAGGUGUUGGGGGUCUCUUAUCCGGUGUUUAUCCGGAUUUUUUUUAUCUCAAAUCUAAGCCCGAAUAUGAGAUUGGAUUGUUUGCUAUCCAGUCCCAGUCCGAUCCCGGUCCGGGUUACACGGUCCGGUCCCGGUCCGAGUUAUGCUAUCCAGUCCCUAUUAGUGAGUGACGAGAUUAUAUGACAUGUAUCAACCAACCCUCUAAUAGUUUCGAGUUGACAGAAGAGGUAGGUCAAGAUAAGAUCGUAUAUCAUUUGCUUACAAAAUGACAAGCAACGUAUGAAUCUAUUUGCAUAUCAUAUGCUCAACACAAUUAUUAGUUUUAAGGGUCGUCAAGAUUCAGAUACACGAGACAUAUCGGUAUACGGCUCUACCACCUCAUCGGAAAAUUAACAACUCACUGGAAAAUUAAUAGCUCAUCGCAAUAAAUCGAAGUGUUUGAACUUUGAAGGGACUCGAGAUAUUAUCUUAUAUCAUCCCUUACAACAGGAUGUGUAUCAACCCCAUGGUAUACAAAUUUGCGUUAAUUUCGAUGAAGGAUAUCCUCUUGACAUAAAGAAACUUCAUGAUGAUUGGGAAUUAUAUAUUGGAAACCACCAAAUAUUAUGCCUAAGAUGUGAUUUGAAGUGACGACAUGACUCAUAUAGGGAUUGUUGAGUAAUUAUGUGUCUUCCGGUUCAAGUCACAUUCUAAUUAAUAUUUCGUAACAAAUAAAUGAAGUUAGGCUAGCUAUCAUCUUUACUAUAAAUUAAAUGGGAUAGCGUCAAAGGCUCAAAUUUGAAGUUGAUGAGGGCUGAGUUACGUGGUCCGAAUUUUCACCGUGAAAUUGUGUUAGGUUUGCGUACAAUUAUAUAUAGUGGGGUUUCGUCACUAAUUAUUGUUUCAGUUUUUGGAUUUGGGUGGGAAGGAAGAAAAAGCUAUAUAUCUACCUUCUUUGGGUUUCCUUUCCCAUCUUCAUAAAUUAGUUACUCUUAUAGUGGACAGGUGUCUUUGUCUGUCCAAAAAGAAACUCUAUUUUUUUUCUUUCAAAAGGGACUAAGAGCAAUUUCUCAUGAAAUCACUUUGCGAUUAGAUUAUGAUAUAUAUAUUUCGUGAAGUAGAUGAUACAAAACUCUUUGGAGCUGCUGUUAAUCAUUCUUUGGUGUCAUAUGUACUAGCAAAUAGGGAUGCAAAUGAGUCGAAUUGCAGCAGCUAUCCACAAACAUGUAACUCAUCCAUCCAGCACACCAUCCAAAUUACUCGAUCAAAUAUACGUGUUGGACAUUGGAAGAGUGCAAAUCAUACGCAGUCAAGAGAUAUUCUUGCGUUGAUAGUGAUGAAUACCCAAUUUUCAAAUUAUGAUAUUUCCAAAUUAUCAAAAUUACUCCUACAAUGCACUACAUUGUUAUAAGACCGUUUAAAAGUGAAACAAUAUCAUUUGGGGGGGGGGGGGGGGUGUUUCAAAAUUAACAUUUAGGGUGACAUGAAAUAGAGGAGAAAUAGGAAAAUUGAGUAGAAUACCGGUGAGUACGAGUUGGGUUGCCACCCUCCAUAGAUAAGAAGAUGACUGGCCAGGUAUCCCCAAACUCAUCCACCUCGGUUUAUUUUUGAAAAGGUUUCCUACCUAACAGAACAAUACGACUAAAUAGAACUAACAGAUUAGGUAGACACUAUUAGUAAAUGAUAUAAAAUUAAUAAUUAAACAUUUCUAAAAAAUUCAACUUAUUGAAACUAAUUAGUUCUUGUUAUGCUAUCAGAGUCUUCAUUCUUCAAUAAUAAUCAAGAGGUCUUGCUAUUUCAAAAAAAAAAAUCAAGAGUCUUGCGUUUGAUUUCUGACGACCUUCAUUUGUUAAACACAUGAUAUUCGAACAUGUGAAAAUUUUAAAUUCAAAGAAUUGAGUUUCAUUUGAUGUGACGUGCUAGUAAAUGAUAUAGAAUUCAUACUUUUUUUUUAUAAGGUUGACAUUCAAUUAAUUAACAAGACUACAGAAAGGAAAAUGCAAAAGGAAAGAUAUAGAAACUGAAAUUCUGCAGAGGAGCUGCAGAAAAAGAACAAAUCGAGGAAGCUAUUCAUAAUUAAACAUCUCCAAAAAACUUGAGUCAUUGGAAUCAACCGAUUUUUAUAGAGCCAACAAAAAUUGAAGUCGGAGUAAAUAUUAGGAAGAUAAACAAAUCAAGAAAAUGAAAGAUCUAAAAAGAAUCUAUGGUAGACCCAAAAGUUGAUAUUCCAUUAUUUAUUGCCAAUGUUCUGAAACACGUUCAUAGGGGACAGUGAGAACUAAGUAGGAGAUCACGUUAUGACCGAUAACACAACUAUCACGUGUCUAAUGUCUAUUGUACUUCCUUCCGUAAAUAUAUAAAUGCGCCUUAACAUCCCCUACAUUUCCACUUAACAACAACACAUUUCAGUGCUAAAUCCACCAAAAAGAAGCACUCGCAGUCGCCGCCGGCCGGCCGCCACCACAUGGAGACCAAACAGCACCACGCCGUUCUGUUCCCAUUCAUGGCAAAAGGCCACAUCAUCCCACUCCUCCACUUCGCCCACCUCCUCCUCCGCCGCCGCAUCCACGUCACCGUCCUCACCACCCCAGCCACCCGCUCCUUCGUCGCCGACCACCUCGCUGGCCACCCUUCUUCCGACGUCGUCACCAUCCCUUUCCCGCAGCUGGGAAUCCUCCCUCCCGGCGUCGAGAGCUCCGACAAGCUCCCUUCCAUGUCCCUCUUCCCUCGAUUCGCCAUGUCCACCAAGCUCAUGCAGCCGGACUUCGAGCGCGCCCUCGGAACCCUACACGGUACCCGACCCGUUGACUUCUUGGUAUCCGACGGCUUCCUCGGGUGGACGUUGGAGUCCGCCAACAAGUUUGGGAUUCCUAGGCUGGUGUUCUACGGGAUGAGCUGCUACGCUUCGUGCAUUUGUAAGGCCGUCGGAGAUGGCAACCUCCUCGCCGGAGCUGAUCUCGCCGAUGAUGACCCGGUCACUUUGCCGGAGUUUCCUUGGAUUCAGGUAACCAGGAACGACAUUGAGCCGCCAUUUAGCGACCCGGAGCCCAAAGGCCCAUACUUCGACUUCCACAUCUCGUGCUUUGUUUCGUCCGCCAACAGCUUCGGUUUGAUCAUCAAUGGCUGCUAUGAGGUGGAACCGCUUUUCGUUGACCAUUGGAAUCGCCACGCGCUGCCUAAGGCAUGGUGCGUAGGGCCCUUUUGCCUAGCCGAGCCUGAUAACAGAUCAAAUAGCAACGCCACCAAUGGUCCAACAGUGGUCCAACCCAACAACAAAGCACCAGCGUGGUGGAUGAAGUGGUUGGACCAAAAGCUCGAGCAAGGAGUCCCGAUCCUCUACGUGGCAUUCGGGUCCCAAGCCGAGAUAUCCUCUGACCAAGUCAAGGAGAUCGCUCGGGGGUUGGAAGACUCCAGGGUGAGCUUCUUGUGGGUGAUAAAGAAUCGUGAUUUGGAACUCGUGGAGGAUCGGUUCGAAGAUCGAGGGGUGGUGGUUCGAGAGUGGGUUGAUCAGCGGGAGAUACUAACCCACCCGAGCGUCCAAGGGUUCUUGAGCCACUGCGGGCUGAACUCCACAAUGGAGGCGAUCUCUGCUGGGGUUCCGAUUCUGGCGUGGCCUAUGAUGGCCGAGCAGCCGUUGAAUGCUCGAAUGGUGGCUGAGGAGAUAAAGGUGGGACUUCGAGUCGAGACAUGUGAUGGGUCGGUCAAAGGGUUCGUUACUCGAGUCGGGCUGAGUAAGAUGGUCAAGGAGUUGAUGGAAGGAGAGAGAGGUAAAGAGGCGAGGAAGAGGACUAAGGAGUAUGGGAAAAUUACUAGAAAGGCCAUGGAAGAAGGAGCCGGUUCUUCGUGGAGGAAUUUGGAUUUAUUGAUUGAUGAAAUUUGCGAGAGGAAGGAGGCAUAAAUAUGGAUUAUCUGUCAAUUAUGAUAUACUGUAAAAUUUGGGUUUAUUGUUUGUAUUUAACAUUUGAAAAUAAUAUAGAGCAUGCAUGUAA